AUGUCAGAUCGAUCUGCAGACGCAAACGAAACACUUGCUCGAGCAUAUGCUCUAUCAGGAGCACCUGAUGACGUCCAACAGUUCUACAAGGAGUGGGCGGAGAACUAUGACAAAGAUGUGUCAGGCAUGCAGUACACAUUCCCGCAAAUGGCUGCGGAAGCAUUGGCAGAGGUCACUAGCCAGGACCUGGCGAAGGUUAGAAUCCUCGACGCUGGCUGUGGUACGGGCCUUGUUGGCGUUUGCCUGGCGCAAUUGGGCGCCAAAAACAUAGAAGGCCUAGAUAUCUCGCCAGAAAUGCUGCAAAGGGCGAGUCAGACGUCCGUCUACACAAAUCUUGAGGUAGCAGAUUUGACAAAAUCUAUUGCAAGACAAAAUGAAGAGUACGAUGCGGCUAUCUGUGUUGGUACUCUCACAAAAGGACACCUCGGACCGCAACUUCUUGACGAGCUGAUCAGGGUGGUCAAAAGAAAUGGCUACUUGGCCGCUACGAUUGGCGGAGGUCUUUGGCAGCACGGUGGUUUCAAAACGAAGGUCGAUGAACUCGUAAAGCACGAGUCGGUCACGAUCGUAAAGUCCACCGGUACGGGCGUUACCAUCAGCAAACACGACGCGGGUUGGUUGGUGGUGUUGAAGAGGUUAUGA